CAGACCAGUAUUUACUAUAGUUUACCAUAUAAAUAAAAAUCUGAUUAUAGCUAUUGAUUAACGCAUUAUGGAAUCGGUAAAAGAACAAUUUCAAGCAUUAGAUUUUGCCAUAUUUGGAGCUGUUUUCAUUCUAUCUGCUACUGUUGGAAUUCUCUUUGGAUAUAAAGAUCGCAAAAGCAAAUCUACCGACAACUAUUAUUUUGGUGGAAGAAAAAUAUCACCGAUACCAGUUGCAGUAUCAAUUGCGGUUUCGUUCGUUUCAGCCAUAACAGUAAUUGGAGUGCCGGUGGAAGUCUACAUGUUUGGCACUGUGUUUAUAUGGUACAACGUAUCUCUUCUUAUGACAAAUGCUGUGGCAUUGAUAUAUUAUAUACCCGUGUUUCAUAGGCUUCAGCUCAACAGUGUAUAUGAGUACUUAGAACUUCGAUUUCAUCCAGUACUUCGGAAGAUAACUUCAGUGAUGGGAAUGAUAAACACGAUGUUCUAUCUUGGACUUACGGUGUAUAUUCCGUCUCUUGCAUUAAGCGCAGUGACACCAAUGAAUUUGUACUUAACUAUUGCUAUAACCAGCGCAACUUGUACAUUCUAUACGACCGUAGGAGGAAUGAAAGCUGUUAUUUGGACAGAUGUUUUUCAGUUUUUAUUUAUGAUUGUAGGGACGUUAUCAAUUCUUAUCAAAGGAAUACUUGUCGUUGGGGGAUUUGAUAUUAUUUUAUCUGCUGCGGAACGAGGACAACGGAACAACUUUUUGACAUUGGACCCUGAUCCCAGAAUACGUAGUUCUGCCUGGUCAAUUACGUUUGGAUUUUUCUUUGUUACCUGCUAUGAGACAGUUUGCAAUCAGAUAUUUAUUCAACGCUGGCUUUCCUGUCGAACUAUUAAGAACUCUAGAAUUGCCGUUGGCGUGAGUAUCAUUCCUCUUAUCUUGUUAUCUAUGAUAUCUAUCGCAAGUGGGAUAGUAAUGUACGCAUACUACGAAGGCUGUGAUCCUUUGUUAUCUAAGAAUAUAUACAAAAUUGACCAGAUUAUGCCCCGUUUUGCGGUUGAUUUAUUUCAUGACACACCCGGAAUGGCGGGAUUAUUUGUAGCUGCUGCAUUCUGCGGAACUCUCAGUACAGUGUCAUCUGGUGUUAAUGCUUUGUCAUCGCUUUUAGUAAUGGAUUUCAUCUUACCCAAGUUUCAAAAUUUAACGCCAAGAAGAAAACUUAUAAUUAGCAAGACGGCUAGUCUAUUCUUUGGAGCACUCGUCAUGUUAUUGGCGUAUCUCCUUUCUCUUUCACAGUCGAACGUUAUGCAAGCAGUGUCAUCAAUUGUCGGUUUUAUUGGUGGUCCAAUUCUUGGGUUAUUCACAAUGGGUAUAUUUAUGCCAUGGAUAGAUUACAAGGGCUCAUUUGGGGGACUUCUACUAGGACUCGCUUGUACAGGGUGGAUUGGAAUAUCGGCUAUGGUGUAUUCAGUAGGAAAUUCAUCUGCGUUGCCUUUAUCUACACAAGCCUGCAAUAUCACAACGUUAACAAACACGACAUUGGACAAAGUUUUCACAAUAUAUAAUACUACUCUGUAUACGGAGACUACUGAAAAAAGUUCACCAAGCCUUUUUAUUGCAAUAUACUCGAUCUCGCCAUUUCUCUAUGGAGUUCUGGGAUGUACAAUGACACUGGUAGGAGCUCAUGUAACUUCGAUAUUCACGGGUUUCAGCAACCCUAAAAAUGCCAAGGAAAAACUUUUUGUUCCUUUGAUUGACAAUGAAAUCCUUCCAGAAAAAAUGCGAAUAUACUUCAGGUUCGGUGUUCCACUCCCUCAAGCAACGAAAUCGGGUAACAAUGAUAUACCGCCUGAGGAGAUGAAGAUGCUUCGUACAACAGAACAAAAGGCUGACAUGGAAAACUUCCAACAAACAUUGCAGCCAGAAUGAUAGUCACAACGGGGAAUAAGCUUAGUAAUUCAAAACAUUGUUUGGAAUUUUUUUCGUCAUUUUCU